UUAUCUGUUAAAAUUCAAUUCAUAGGUCCCAACAUGGAGCCCACUUGUAAUGAAGGCUGUGCCAAAUGCAGCACGUGUAGCAGCAUAUAGAUUUGGCACAUCUGUUCGUUUGAUGAGGAACAUAUGCAUGUGGAAUAAGAUUAUUGCAUUGUCUGUUCUCGAGAAGCUUGUUCUUGAUGAACUUUUGAGUGGAAAAGUUCUUCCUCAUCUUCGAAGCAUCCAAUCAAAUGUUCAUGAUGCAGUCACAAGAACUGAAAGGGUCAUUGCUUCAUUAUCUGGAGUGUGGUCAGGUCCAAGUGUUGCUGGGCAGCGCAGCCCCAAAUUGCAGCCACUGGUGGACUACUUGUUUACACUUGGAAAGACACUGGAGAAAAAGCAUGUUUCAGGUGUGAGCGAGAGCGAGACUAGUGGACUUGCUCGUCGAUUGAAGAAGAUGCUUGUUGACCUCAACGAAUAUGACCAGGCUAGGGCAAUAUUGAGAACCUUCAAUCUCAAGGAGGCACUGUAAUCUCUCUCUCCCUCCACUGUAUGCUUCUGUUGUCGUCGGAAGCUGAGGGCUAGUGAAGGUCUUGUAGGAAUUUUUAAAAACACUAAAAAUAGUUAUCAAAUUAACACUUCUCAUACUCAAGGUUAGUUAUUGAGGCAUUUGUUAUAUUGUAAUUUUUGUUGAAUAUGCUUCCGGAUUAGUAACCAUAUUUUUAUAUAGAUGUAUCUUUUUCCAUUUGAGUUACUA